AUGCACGGUGACCUUGCUCUGCAACUCGUCACAGGAUCGUACCGCUCCACACAAGCAACAGCCCCCCAACUCCCCUUGCCCAAAUACGCCCUCCCGCUCAUCCUUGCCAUCUGCCUCGAGACACGCCAGCUGGGCGCCGCCAUCCAGGCUGCGACCGAGACACACGGCUCUGCCCUCUCUCAAGACAACGCACUCGUAUGUGCACUCACCGUGCAACACCUCGCCGCGCGGCGCAAUAAGCGCUGCCUCCUUGCAUACCUCCACUCGCGCUUGGGUGGCAUCAAGGAGCGCUGGUGGGACGCCGGCGGUGCGCUCGCCUACCUCCUCUCUCCCGCCGCCAGCGCAAACGUGUCUGCCGACGUGGACGCACCCGACCUGCGGUCUGCACUCUCGCCGCAAGAACUAGACUUUAUGCGCGGAUACAACUCGCUGGUCCUCGAUUACAAGUCGGAUUUCCUGGACGUCCUCGACCUCGCGGCGCCGAUUGACCGGCCGCCGGGAGAGCUCAUGGUCGACGUGCGUGUCCUCAAGGACGCGGGCGAGGUCGUUCUUGAAGGCGGCGAGCGGGUCGAGUUUAUAAAGGGCGACAGGUUUAGGCUGGAGAGGAGCCAGGUCGAGCGCCUCAUCGUGCAAGGCUUCCUCGAGGAGGUCUAA